GUGGUGAGGCGGCUCCGGGGGCCGUUGUUCAGCGCGGGGGCCGACUGAAGAGGCUCAGUGUCUUGGCUGGCUGGUCGGUUCGGCGUCCUUCGUCUCGUCCCAGGAACAGCUAAAGAUGGCUGAAUUUCUGGAUGGCCAGGACACUCGACUGUGUGACAACUGCAAAAAAGAAAUUCCUGUGUUUAACUUUACCAUCCAUGAGAUCCACUGUCAAAGGAACAUUGGUAUGUGUCCUAUCUGCAAGGAACCAUUUCCCAAAUCUGACAUGGAGACUCACAUGGCUACAGAACACUGUCAGGUGACCUGCAAAUGUAACAAGAAGUUGGAGAAGAGGCAGUUAAAGAAGCAUGAGGAGACUGAGUGUCCUCUACGACUUGCCCUUUGCCAGCACUGUGAUUUGGAACUUUCUGUUCUCAAACUGAAAGACCAUGAAGAUUACUGUGGUGCCCGGACAGAGUUAUGUGGCAACUGUGGGCGCAAUGUCCUGGUGAAAGAUCUGAAGACUCACCCUGAAGUUUGUGGGAGAGAUGUGGAGGAAAAGAGAGAUGAGGUUGCCAUGCCGCCUAAUGCAUAUGAUGAUUCUUGGGGUCAAGAUGGUAUCUGGAUUGCAUCCCAACUCAGACAAAUUGAGGCUCUGGACCCACCCAUGAGGCUCCCUCGAAGGCCCCUGAGAGCCUUUGAAUCAGAACUUUUCCAAAGUAGAACCACCAACCAAAGGAGCAUGACAGCCCAGUUUCCAAUUCAGAAUAAUCUAUUGGAAGAACAAGAAAGGCAGGAAAGGAAUAGAAGCCGACAGACCCUCAAAGAGGGUGGUGAAGACAGUGCAAACUUGGAUUUCAUGUUGGCCCUAAGUCUGCAAAAUGAAGGCCAGGCCCCCAACUUGGCAGAGCAGGACUUCUGGAGGGUCAUAUGUGAGGCAGACCAGUCCCAUGAAGGUCCCGGUGCUCUGAAUGACAUAAGGGGUGCAGCUGAUGAGACCAUGUUGCCUUGUGAAUUUUGUGAGGAGCUCUACCCAGAGGAACUGCUGAUUGACCAUCAGACGAGUUGUAACCCUUCAUGUGCCUUACCUCCGAUCAGUGUGGGCAAUGCUUCUCCCAAAGGGGUGGAGGACCCCGAUGUCAUCUUCCAGAAGUUGAUGCAGCAGGCUGCAAGUAACCAGUUAGACUCUUUGAUGGGCCUGAGCAGUUCACCUUCUGUGGAGGACAGCAUCAUCAUCCCCUGUGAAUUCUGUGGGGUCCAGCUGGAAGAGGAGGUGCUAUUCCAUCACCAGGACCAGUGUGACCAACGCCCAGCUACAACAAACAACCACAUGUCGGAGGGGAUUCCUAGUCAGGAUCUCCAGCCUCGACAGACUUCACCAGAGCUACCCAAGAGGCGUGUCAGACACCAGGGAGACCUGUCUUCUGGUUACAUGGAUGAUAUCAAGCAGGAAAUGGCCAAAGGGCCCACCUAUCCUCUCCCUGCCAGCAGACCCACUAACAAUAUGACGGCUACUUCUAACCGCCUGACAACAUCCACAUCAGGCCCCAGACCUGGGUGCCAGCCCAGCCCUCCUCGCGCUCUGAAGCUCAACAACUUAGACAGCCAGGGCAUCCAGGGGCACAAUCGAAACAGCCAUAAUGGGGCCCUGGCUCCUGGGCACGUUCCAGUGGUUCACUCUGCUCGAAGUCUCUACCCAGAAAACCUUGUGCCCUCUUUCCCCCGUGGGCCUUCAGGGAGAUGCGGAGCAAGUGGCAGGAGUGAAGGUGGCAGGAACCCCCGGGUCACCCCCACGACCGCCAGCUACCGCAGCAGAACUGCAAAGGCAAAACCCUCCAAGCAGCAGGGAGCUGGGGAUGCAGAGGAGGAAGAGGAGGAGGAGUAACAGUGUCUGCAGGGAACUUGCGCAUCGGUUCCAUCUUUCCUGCACAAGUUGCCGUGGUGCAGCCCCGCCCCUUGGGUUCUGUGGGUAGGGGCCAUCUGACAGAUGUAACUUUUUCUAGGCUAUGGCCAUUUUGUGUCUUUUGAGAUUGUGCUGUGGGAGUUUGGGGGUUUGAGGGAGGGUUAGCAGGGAGGCUGUUGAGAAUGUUUCAGCUUUAGCUGCUGCCUUUUGGCAGCAUAAGUUACGGCCUCUUGGCCCACCAGGGCUUCAUCUUUUGACAUGCUGUCACCACUGCUUCAUGGUGCUGUGUGGUCCUGGUGAAAAGAGGGAGGGUUCUAGAAACCUGGUCCCCACCAGUGAGGUGAUGCUCUUCAUGUGGUGGCCUAAAUUGGGGAACUUUUGGAUAUCCUCUCCUGUGUACUGCCCAUCCUCACUCUAGAAUUUGGGUCUCUGGUGUGCGUGGAGGAGCUUUGGUAAAGUGUUCAGGCCAGUUGCAAUAUGUGUUAGGAACGAGGUUUGGAGAUGAGUUGAGCCACAGGUGAGCGGACUAUGUACAGGCUUUGUUUUAAUCUGCUUCUUUGGCAUUUGGCAUCACUGCCUUCUGUUUCUGAUGGGGAGCAUGGCUCCUUUGCCUUCACUGCCUUCUGAUGGGAAAGGCUGGGGGCUCUCUGUCCCCUCCAGGGCCAUGCUGGGCUCUGCGCUAAUCAGGAGUGAGGCCUAAGCUCAUGGCUUGCUCUGAAAACCAAGAAUCAGAGCCCCCUCCCCCUCUUUUUAUUUUACUGUUAUUAUUAUUAUUAUAAUUAUUAACAUCCUUGUGAUAGAAAUAAAGUUUGUACUUGGAGUUCAGCUGAGUCUUGUGGUUCCUUCUCCUGUGUGCUCUUUGGAGACUUUAGGGAGACCAGAGUGGAUUGGAGUCAGCUCUGAAGAAUGGGGGAAGGUGAGCAGGGCUAGGUUUUCUCUGUGCUUCUUGGAACCCCAGCAGAUCCAGCAUCAUCCUUCUCAGAGUGCCAGACAUUCAAGGUAUAGUUUUCUCUUUUACUGGAGUUGGAGGAAACUGACAGGUGGCUGCAGCUCUGGGGAUGAUUUGGGGUGGGCUGGGGGCUGCCUCCAACUGAAGAGAGGAAGGCAGAUUCCUCAGAAGCCUCAGUCCUGAGAGUUGUUGAACCUUAGCAGCAUUAUUCAUUACCCCUCAGCACCUCAUACUUUGCCCUGGACCAUCUAGUACCUUAGCUCAUUUUGAGCUCAUUUGUUUUUCUCUCAACAACCUAGUGGGGGUGGGAAAGGUAGGAAGAAUUGCCCCAAUUUCAUAUGUGGAAAGGAGUGACUUGCGUAGGCUAUGCAGCUAAUUCAUGACAGCCGGGACUCUGAAUUAUACUGAGAUAAAGAAAAAGGGGGACUUCCCUGGUGGUCCAGGGAUUAAGACUCCAUGCUUCCACUGCAGGGGGUGUAGGUUCAAAAAAGGGGAUGGAACCCAGGCUCAUGGCAGUGAAAUCGCCAAGUCCCAACCACUGGACUGCCAGGGAAUUCACUAUUUAUUUCCUCUUCCGUGAACUUUGAUUGUUUGUGUCUUUCAAGGAAUUUGUCCAUUUCAGUAAGUUGUUUAACUUAUUAACAUAAGGUAUUCAUAAUAUUCCCUCCCUUAUUAUUUAAAAAAUAUCUGUAAAGUUUGUAGUGAUGUCACCUCUUUAAUUUCGUUUGUUGAUAAUUUGUGUCUUUUCUCUUUCCCUAAUGUGUUUGGCUAGAGCACGGAUCUCCAAAUUUUUCUUUGAUAAAAGCCAAAUAGUAAAUAUUUAAGGUUUUGCAGGCUAUACUGUGUGUAUUUCAACUACAGUAAGCCCCCUACAUACCAACCUUCAAGUUGUGAACUUUCAAAGAUGCGAACGUGAGUUUGUGUGUCCAGUCAUGUAAGUUAGUUCACGUGUCUGGUGUACAUUGUCACGUGUGUGCAUCCUCUACAAGUGGCUGUGUUUCUGUGUACUGUACAGUACUGUAUGGAGUACAGUAGUACGGUAUCUUUAUUUCAAGCCCAGGACGUCUAGAAGCAAACGUAAAAGCAGCAGUAAUGUAGCUGGUACUGCUAAGAGGCGCCAGGAAUUGGAGGCCCAGAGAAAGGACGAAGAGAGACAAGAGGAAGAAGAAGUAAAUGAAGAACCGAAGAGAUUCAUGACGCAGGAAAUGGCAAGGGAAUUUUCUUUAUCUGAGGAGGCACUGUUAGUUUUUGAGGCAUAGGAACCGAAUGUAGAACGGUACACGAAGGUUACAGCAGCCAAAGUGCAAUCCAGUGCUACCAUGUCACCUAUGACGAGAAAAAAAGGAGCUAGACAUCACUGGAUCGUUUUCUCAGGAGGGUAGAUAGAAUUGAAUCCAGCAAGGAACCAGAACCUGUGCCAUCAACAUCAGGCAUGAGUGAAAUAGCAGCUUGCCCUGUGUCUCCUAUUGCUGGCAAUCCUUCAGCUCUACCGUCUCCCACCUCCUCGCCCUCCUCCAGUCAGUAACUUUUCUUGCCUGUUCCCUCGAUGCCAGCCUCUGUAUGCCAGCUGUUGCACUGUACUACUGUACUUUUCAAGGCACUGUACUGUAAGAUUAAAAAUGUUUUCUCUA